UCCCGCUUUUUCCAGGAUCAUUCUCUCGCUUUAGCUUCAUAUGUUGCUGUUGUGGCUGGUCGGUAUACCUUCAGCAAACAGCGAUAUAUAUAGCUCCACCAUUAUAGCUCAAAGUCGUUCCAACAUUGAAUCUUGGAAGGUUGAUCCACACGACGAUAAUCAUGAGGAACCCGUUCGCUCUCUCUGGCGCAAUCGGAGAUGACACUCCGCGCGAGAUCUUCGGAUAUCGCAUCUAUUUGCUCGCUUUAUCGGCUACCUGGGCAUCGGCCAUGUAUGGUUAUGACUCUGCCUUCAUCGGAGGCACCCUCAACCUACCCUCCUUCCAGACUUCCUUUGGUCUGACAGCCGCUACCACCACUAAUCUGUCAUCCAACAUUGUCUCUACCUUCCAGGCCGGUGCUUUCUUUGGCGCCAUCCUCGGCUUUUUCUUGGCGGAACGUCUUGGACGCAAGCUGGUAAUCAUAAUAUUUGGUGUCGUCUUCAUCACCGGUGUUAUCUUGCAGCUCAUUGGUCACCUCGGACUUUUGUACGCUGGUCGAGCCUUGACGGGAGUGACGAUUGGCUGCACUUCUAUGAUCAUUCCCAUUUACAUUUCCGAAUGUUCACCAGCUCAGAUUCGUGGUCGAAUGGUCGGAAUGUUUGAGAUUAUGCUUCAAAUCGCUCUGGUCUUUGGAUUUUGGGUCAACUACGGCGUGCAAAAGAAUAUUUCUGGCAAGACCCCAAAACAAUGGAGAAUUCCUGUCGGGGUUCAGUUGAUUCCCGCUGGGCUGUUGUUGAUCUUCAUGCCGUUCAUGAUUGAAAGUCCUCGUUGGUUAGUCAGCAAGAACCGGAAUGAACUCGCUUUGAAGAAUUUGGCCUGGGUGCGCAACUUGCCCGAAGACCACCCAUAUUUGCAACGCGAGAUGGCUGAUAUCCAAGCCGCUGUUGAACACGAACUUCAAAUUGUACACGGCUCCCGCUCUGCUUUCCAGAUGCUGCGAGAAUGCGGCGCCCCUGGAAUCCGAAAUCGUGUCCUCAUUUCCGUUAUGCUUAUGCUUUUGCAGAAUCUUACCGGAAUCAACGCCAUCAACUACUAUUCACCCACCAUCUUCAAGUCCAUCGGCUUUACUGGCACGUCUGUCCAACUCCUCGCCACUGGUGUCUACGGAAUAGUCAAGAUGGUCACAACAGUAGUCUUCAUGGUCUUCAUUGUUGACAGGCUCGGAAGACGUCCGGCCUUGCUUGUUGGUGCUGUCGGCGCUGCUGUUGCCAUGUUCUACCUCGCCAUCUACUCCGAGCUCAGUGGCUCAUUCAAGCAUAUCCCGCCUAAGGACUCCGGGUCUAACGCUGCCGUCGCCAUGAUAUAUAUCUAUGCCAUCUUCUACGGUUUCUCAUGGAACGGUAUUCCCUGGAUUAUUGCUUCCGAAAUCCUUCCCAACAGAGUUCGUACCCUGGGUAUGAUGUUUUCAGUCUGUAUGCAAUGGCUGGCCCAGUUCGUGGUGGUUUAUUCCCUGCCACAUAUGGUUAAGUCUAUCACCUUUGGAACCUUUUACUUCUUCGGUACCUGCACCCUUGUUGCACUCGCAUUCGCUUAUUUGUUCGUCCCCGAAACCAAAAGUGUCCCUCUUGAAGAGAUGGACUUCUUGUUUGGUGAGGAUGUCAGCGUCUUCGCAGUGGCUGCAAAGCGGCAUUACUACGAGUUCAAACAGACCGGCUUGACUGUCAGUGAGAUUCACAACACCGAAAAGGGGGGUGAGACUCAGUAUAUCGAGAAGGUUUAA